GCCAGACGACCUCGGGGAGCGCCGUGCCAUGCGAGGCCAUGAGCUGCCGCAGAUGAGACCCUGGUGCAUCUCUGGGACCUGCAAUGACAAGUCUUAACAGUAGCCAUGCAGAGAAAACCGGUGAAAUGUCUUCAAAGCAGCCAGCGCCAAAAGUGCAGGUCCAGCGAUCUGUCUCCCGAGAAACCAUCACCAUUCAUUUCUCGGCAUUUGGGAAGGAGGAAGAGGAGGAGGAGGAGGAAGAGUUUAAGGAGUCUCCCACUGUGGCACUGGAUGACCAAAGCAUUGUAACAGCACUUGAAGCUAAGGAAGACCUAUGCUUUGAUCAUGGUGACCAUGACUCUUCUGGCCCCACUACCUCGCUUAACAUGGCUGCGCUCCCACUCAUCUUCUCUCCCACCGCCAUGCCAACUGCAAAGCCGUUGGAGUCUUCAGCAUCCCAAGUAUUCAGCACAGUGCCAUUAGCCCUUUCGCCCUCUUCACAGUUGUGUCAUUCCACUAGCCCAUCUGGCGCGGCGUUGCCUUCAGAACUGAGAACCAGCUUAUCGUCUUCUCCGUUGUCUUCUCCUUCCAAGUCACUUGUUUUUUCUAGUGCACCAUCCACUGUUACUAGCUCUAAGCCUUUCAUGAGUUUAGUGAAGUCUCUUUCAACAGAUGUAGAACCAAAAGAGCCCACUCCGCCCACGAGACAUAGACACUUAAUGAAAACUAUUGUGAAGUCUCUGUCUACAGACACUUCUAAACAGGAGUCUGAAAGUGUGCCCAGCAGACCACCUGACUCUAAGCUGAACUUGCACUUGUUCAAGCAGUUCACCCAACCACGGAGUACUGGCGGCGAUUCCAAAACCGCUCCCUCAUCCCCCUUAACAUCUCCUUCAGAUGCGCGAUCCUUUUUUAAAGUACCUGAAAUGGAGGCCAAAAUUGAGGACACUAAAAGACGUCUUUCAGAAGUAAUUUAUGAGCCUUUUCAGCUCCUCAGUAAAAUAAUGGGCGAUGAGAGUAGUAGCCACAGGCCCAAAGCCUUAUCUUCAAGUGCUUCAGAACUGUCUAAUCUUUCCAGCUUGAAUGGCCAUUUGGAAAGCAAUAACAACUAUAGCAUUAAGGAGGAGGAAUUCGACUCAGAAGGGGACUUCUAUGGAAGUGAUUCUCACGUAAAUAAGAGUAGCAAGCAGCCCCAAGCAGCUGAAGAGCAUGGAAAAGAGACUGAAAUGAAAAGUUCUCCAUUGUUAAGCACAAGGGACUUCAGUUCAAAGGGGUCACUGGUACUGGAAAGAUGUUCUCUGUCGGCCUUGGCGAGCAAAGACGAUGAAGAGUUCUGUGAACUGUACUCGGAGGACUUCUGUGUGAUAGAGGAGGAGGGCAACGCUGACAAACAGUUGGAAAGUUCACUGAAGAUGGAAUUGCCCGAAGAAAGCUCUAUGUCUUUCAGUGGUGAAGGUGUAAUUGAAGUACACAUGCAACAGGUUGACCUUCCAAUGAAGACAUUGUACUUUCUCACAAUGUUGAUCUAUGCUUACCUUAUACUCCCUCUCCCUAGUUACUUCAGUGGACUCUUCCUGGGAGUUGCCAUUGGAUUUAUGAUUGCUGUCUUUGUUGUUUGGCUUUUUACACCAAGUGCUAGGUAUUACAGGCUACACAGAUAUGGGACUAGGCAGCUGUACGCAGAACCUCUGGACAUCAGAGAGCCUGAGAUAUUGAAGGGCUGGAUGAAUGAGAUCUCCAACUACGAUCCAGAAACCUACCAUGCUACUUUGACUCACUCUGUCUUUGUGAGACUUGAGGGAAGCACCUUAAGACUUUCAAAACCCAACAAAAAUAUUUCCAGAAGGGCAAUCUAUAAUGAAGCAAAGCCUGAAGUUGUCUAUAUUAGCCAGAAAAUUUAUGAUCUUACAGACAGCAAGAUUCAUCUGGUCCCCAAAAGUUUGGCUCGCAAACGAAUCUGGAAUAAAAAGUAUCCUAUUUGCAUUGAGCUUGGGCAGCAAGAUGAUUUCAUGGCUAAAGCCCAGACUGAUAAAGAGACUUUGGAAGAGAAGCCAUCCACAGAAAAAGCAGAGCUCAGUAGUGAAGAAUCCAAGAAACAGUCUCAGGAUGGAGCAAAGUCGACUACUCAGAAGGAUCAAGUGCUUUAUCUCUUUGGAAGGACUGGUAGGGAGAAGGAAGAGUGGUUUAGGAGAUUCCUUCUGGCUUCCAAAUUAAAAUCUGAAGGAAAAAAGCCAGUUGUAUGUGGAAACAAGCCAGGAUUUUUGCCAGCACACAGUCGAUCCGAUAGCCAGACUGGAAUUCUUACGCACAGUCGAAGCAGCAGUAAAGGAAGCAUAGAAGAAAUCCUCUCUCAGCCAAAGCAGAAGGAACUGGCAGCCAUCGUGAGACAAAAAAUGUUUUUGGAUUACAGUGUGUAUAUGGCAAAAUGUAUUCCACAAGAACACAGAAGCCCCACCGCAAGCCCUGUUCACAGUGCCGACAGUAGCCCUACUGCUGUGAAGAAGUUGCCAGAUGUCCAUAGUGAAGAAGAAGAGCAGGAAGCAUGGGUGAAUGCUUUGCUGGGAAGAAUAUUUUGGGAUUUUUUGGGAGAAAAGUAUUGGUCUGACCUCGUGUCUAAGAAGAUACAAAUGAAACUUAGCAAAAUAAAGUUGCCAUACUUCAUGAAUGAGCUAACGCUAACUGAACUAGACAUGGGAGUUGCAAUGCCGAAAAUCCUUCAAGCCUACAAACCCACUAUUGAUUACAAAGGGCUUUGGGUUGACUUGGAAAUAUCUUACAAUGGAUCUUUUUUAAUGACCCUUGAGACCAAAAUGAAUUUGACCAAACUCGGUAAAGAGCCUCUGAGUGAAGCCCUGAAGGUUGGAGAGAUUGGCAAAGAAGGUUUCAGACCAAGGGCGUAUUGCCUCGCAGACAGUGACGAGGAGUCGUCUAGUGCUGGCUCCUCAGAGGAAGAUGACGCUCCAGAGGCAACAGGGAGCGAGAAGCCUUUAGUGCCAGGAGCCGAAGGUUACAUGGUAGGACACCGAACAAGUAAAAUCAUGAGAUUUGUGGAUAAAAUCACCAAGUCGAAAUACUUCCAAAAAGCGACGGAGACAGAGUUCAUCAAAAAGAAAAUUGAAGAGGUCUCCAAUACCCCACUGUUGCUAACUGUUGAGGUGCAAGAAUGCAAAGGGACGUUGGCUGUUAACAUUCCACCGCCACCUACUGAUAGAAUAUGGUACGGUUUCCGAAGGCCACCCUAUCUGGAGCUAAAAGCUCGGCCAAAGCUUGGUGAGAGAGAAGUGACUUUGGCUCAUGUGACUGAGUGGAUAGAGAGAAAAUUGGAACAAGAAUUCCAGAAAAUCUUUGUCAUGCCAAACAUGGACGACGUUUAUAUUCCUCUAAUGCACUCGGCCAUGGAUCCUCGUUCAUUGGUUUGUUCUCUGAAAGAUCCCAUCACAGAGACUGCUGAUCAACUAUGAAAUCUG